GGCGUGCCCUGUGAGGUAGGUGGUCAGCGGUAACCGGCAGUGGCGAGUGGCAGUGGCAGUGCCGCUGUGCUCGGUCGUACGGCCCAAUCCCGUCCGUACCUCACCUGCCUGUCAAGGCCUCUUGGCUGUCGCCUGGAACACUGUCGUCAUUCAGUGUUACUGGUGUGCUGGGCACGUACUCUGUCGCCUGCUGCUUGCCUGACUGCCUGUGGCCGCCGACCGGGCCACUGUCAAAACCUUGCCUUCUGUCCCGGACUUUGCGGGGUGGCGGCGGCGUCCUUCGUUACACGGCCCACCGUGCGCUGCGGACCUCCUGCAGCUGUAUGUGCUCUGGCUAAUAACCCGGCGAUCCAGAAAGCUCCGUCCACCUGUUGUCCUCCCAGCCCAGCUCCGUGAUCCGCGUCAACCACCUUCUGCGACAGCCACGGAAGCACCACCGCCUUGCUGCAGGAAGCGCGCCCGUCCCGUCGUUGUGAACCGCCAGCCAUGUCGUCCUCGCUGUCGCCAGACCAGUACGGCAGCAAUCGCUCCCAGAGCUCCCCAGAGGCCUCGGCCGGGGCCCAGGACAAAAGCGCACUGUCGCCGCUGAACCUGGGCAUCUUCAAAUCGCUCGCUGACAAGAGAGCCAACCGUGAGGGCAAUCCACCCAAGCGCCGUGGCCCGAAGCCCGACAGCAAGCCUGCCCUCACAAGACGACAAGAGCUCAAUCGACAAGCCCAACGGACCCAUCGAGAGCGAAAGGAGCACUACAUCAAAGCACUCGAGGACGAAGUCCUCCGCCUCAAGGAGCUCUACAGCAAUGUCUCUCAAGACAAGGACAGACUCGCCGAGGAGAACAGGCAGCUGCGAGGAAUUCUGGCGCAAAACGGCAUCCCGUUCCCGCGGGGCGGCGGCCCUCACGAUGACUCGUCGAGCAACCCCAGCGGCGGUCAUCAGUCGUCAACGGGCAGCCCGUACGCCCCAGGCUCACACGCUGCCUUUUCUCCCUCCCAGUCCAGCGCGCCGUCCGUCACGUCUUCAGGGCAUCCGGGUACCAUGCACCACAUGACCGGCGACCAGAUGCGCAGCGCCGUGCAUGCCUCCCACGGCAAAGGGGUCGACUUUGAGCAGGCCGGCAUCGACUUCGUUUUAGCUCUCGAGAAGCCCUGCAUGCAGCACAUGCCGUUUUUGCUUGAUCGAGCCACCGAGGCGGAAGGUGAUCCGUGUGGCCAUGCCCUCAUGGCGACUUGCCCACCCAAACCGUUCGAGAACUUGACCCCGGAGACGCCCUUUGGAAGCACGCACACGCAUGAUAGCCCCAACGGGGACAUCCCCGCGCAGGGGACUUGGGAGCUCAGCAAGGCCGAUCUGUCCACCCUGCUCGACCUCAGCCGGCGACUGAAACUGGACGGCGAAAUCACCCCCGUCAUGGCCUGGGGGAUGAUCCUCAACCACCCACGGUUCGCCGACUUCAAGCCGGAGGACUUCCAGCGGCUCGCCGAGGAACUCGGGCGAAAAGUGAGGUGUUAUGGAUUCGGCGCUGUGAUGGAGGAGUUUGAGCUGCAAGAUGCUUUUGAAAGCGUCUUGCCUUGCGAGCCUGACACCAUGGUGUUUUAAAGGCUCUCGCGCGUUUUGGUUGUAAAGACAAGUGGAGCGUUAGGCAGCUCCUAGGGGUUUCGCCCUACUACAGUAUAUUUCUCACGAUAUUAUGAAGGCACCAGUACGGGACGCAUGUCUCGACAGACAGUACGUCGAGGCGUUUGGACGGUUGCUUUAUUUUUGGAGGCUGGCCAUGCGUGGGCGGCCCAAUAUUAGCCAUUCCUCCGGGAAGAUAACUUAGUUACCAUAUCCCGUAGAGGCACACACAUCCCGCCGAUGAGCGGCUACUCGGUC